GGAGGCGCCCGAGCCCACCUGCCGCAGGUCGAGAAGCAAGGCAGCGUCUCGUGCCGAAGGGGAGCCGGGCUCCGAGGGCUCGCCAUGGGGGAGGCCUUCCUGCGCUGCCCGCUCCGCACCCCGCGCGGACGCUUCCUGGUGUCGCUGCCCCCGGGAGGAGAGCUCAUGCUGGGCACCCCGGAGCUGGUGGGCGGCAGGCAGAGCGUCCAGGGAUUCUCGAUUCCCAUCCAGGAGAUGGUUACUGUGAGACUUGGAGCAGCCAGCAACGGACAGGAAGCCACCGUCCAAGAAAAAGAUGAUAAUUGUUUUACUGUAUUCUUUGUCCAGCGGGAGAAGCAAGAGCGUUGGAGCCUGGCAUCAAUGCAGUUUACUGCUCCGCCUCAGUCUCAGCUGGCAGUGCGCUGGGUCAAUUCUCUCCAGAUCUGGAUUCACUACCACGGGAUUACACGUCCCAGGAGUCUUCUUGUCUUCAUCAACCCAGUUGGAGGCCGUAAGCGGGCAGUGGAGAUCUAUCAAACUCAGGUGGCCCCGCUUUUCACUCUGGCUGGGGUUUAUGUUCAAGUUGUGGAGACCUGCCGUGCUAAAGAGGCUCGUGACUACAUCCUGGAGCAAGAUCUCAAUGACUUUGAUGGGUUGGUGAGUGUCGGGGGCGAUGGUACUUUCAAUGAGAUCAUGCAUGCCUUGCUUGACCGGACACAAAGAAAAGCAGGAGUUCCAGAUGAUGACAUUGAGGCCGAGCUACUGUCCCCAAGACUGAGAAUUGGGAUCAUACCUGCAGGUUCUACAGACUGUGUGUGUUUUGCUACGGUAGGAACAAACGACCCUGUCACCUCCGCUCUGCACAUCAUCAUAGGAGACGCCCAGCCUCUUGAUGUUUGCAGCAUUUGGCACAAUGGAAAGCGCCUGCGCUACUCAGUCUCCCUCGUUGGUUAUGGCUUCUAUGGUGAUGUUGUCAGCACUAGCGAGAAGCACCGUUGGAUGGGUCCAGUGCGCUACACAUAUGCAGGAGCCAAGGCAGUACUAAGCAACCGCAGCUAUGAAGGCACAGUAGAGUUCCAGUUGGCUAGGACAGAGGAGUCCAACCCACGGGAUCAGCAGCGCUGUCGUUCAGGCUGCAUGGUGUGCUCAGACUCCAGUAAAAACCUGUUAUCUGGAAGCAAGGAAGAAAACCUACUUGUGCUGGAGCAAUCUCCAGAUGGUGAAUGGCAGCGAGUCCAAGGUCGCUUCCUAGCCGUCAAUUUGACAAGCAUGAGCAGCGCCUGCCCGAAGAGUCCCGAGGGUCUCUCGCCCUGUGCCCACCUGGCUGACGGAACAGCCGACCUCAUCCUGGUGCACGAAUGCCCCACGUUCUCCUUCUUGCGGCAUCUAACUCGCCACACCAAUUGCUCAGACCAGUUUGACCUGCCCUUUGUGAGUGUGUAUCGAGUCCGGGCUGUUCGCUUUACCUCCUCAAAAGUAGAGGACUGUGAGGAAGGGGAGGUAGCUGUGCAAGAAUCCAAGGGGCUCUGCAGAAAAGCGUGUCAAGUGAAGGCGCCUGUGAGCUGCUGGACCUGUGAUGGCGAGACCUUGACUUAUCCGGACAUCAGCAUCAGAGUGCACAAGAGCCUUAUCCACCUCUUUGCCCGGGGCAUUGAACGGGCACCCUGCAUCUCGUAGAAGCGUCUGAUCAGAAGAGCCUUUCUGAACAGGAAGGUAGCACAACAGUGUGGCUGCGGCAGAGGAUCCAUGAGGCAUCCGCCAUAAGAAAGCCACUACCUGAGUAUCUUUCAGGUAUAAAUCGCCAAAGGCCCAGCCAGGAUGCUAUGUCUGCACCAGCGAGUGCAAAACUACACAAGCAAAGGGACUAGUCUUGGACUUUCCUAUCCGGUUGUAGAAGUGCCAACUACCAUCCCUUAUUUUACUUGUUCUCAUCUGAAAAGGGGCAGCUGUGUGGCUCUAAAGACCUGAAGGGUUUCACUAUUGAUGGUUUUCAAUACCAGCUAUUCAGCCAUAGUGGGACUCCGGUGCCAGUCUAAAUGAAGAUGUUGGGUUUGCAGGCAGAGCAGAGCAGUCUUCUGUCAGGUUUGGCUAAUCCAAAGAAAUACAAUGACAAGGAAUAUUGGUAAAUGUUUCCAUUUACAGAACAGCAUUGCGUACAAAAUUGAAAAGCAGAACAAACAGGAAUGUAACAAGUAAAUGCAGCAACAGCAGAACUAGUGCAAUUGACAGAGCGGCUGGGAAAACCGGUGUGGGUCUGAGAGGAACCCGUCUCCACACUCCUUAGAGAAGCAGAGGCUGGAAUGGGGCAUCUGGUCCACUUGUUGCCAGUUCUGUAGGAGACACUGGACAACGGAGGUACCUGCCGUGUUCAAGGUCCAUGAGGAGGAGAAAGGAGAUGGCUGGCAGCCAGCCCUCACCACCCACAAAGAAACCCAAGCGAUACUGGGGAGUGCACUGGAGCCAACACUCAGUAGGUACUCAGUAGGACGAAAGACCCACUUUGCAGAUGUGAUCCGCAGGACAGCCCACUGGCUGGCAGAACCAUUUUGGCUUUUGCAGAAAGGAGUGGAGCAGAAGAAAGGAAGUGUCACCACCCUAAGCGAGACCACCCCUGCCGGCUGCCUUCACAGUUUGUGAGGGUUGACCCAGCGGUAAGUGCCUUCAUACUGGAAUCCAACCUCCUUCAUCAGCUCAUCAGCUUCUGUGGGCCCACGGCUAGAAAAGAAAAAGACUCCAAGUUAAUAGGACUGAAAAGUGGGGGCACAAGUAAACACUAGUUUUUCUCUUUCAUAAAAAUACUAGUUUUUCUCUUUCAUAACUUUUCACAGGUUUAGGCGAAUUACAGUUUGUUGCCAUACGGACUGAUUGUUGGCCAAGAAGCACAUUAAAUUAUUACAAAUUGACCAA